CAUCCGCAGUGUCAUGCAGAAGUACCUGGAGGACCGGAGUGAGGUGACCUUUGAGAAGAUCUUCUCCCAGAAGCUGGGGUUCCUGCUCUUCCGGGACUUCUGCCUGAACCACCUGGAGGAGGCCAAGCCCUUGGUGGAGUUCUACGAAGAGAUCAAGAAGUAUGAGAAGCUGGAGACUGAGGAGGAGCGCAUGGCCCGCAGCCGGGAGAUCUUCGACUUGUACAUCAUGAAGGAGCUGCUCGCCUGCUCGCACCCCUUCUCAAAGAGUGCUACCGAGCACGUCCAGGGCCACCUGGUGAAGAAGCAGGUGCCUCCAGAUCUCUUCCAGCCAUACAUCGAAGAGAUUUGCCAGAACCUCCGAGGGGAUGUGUUUCAGAAAUUCAUCGAGAGCGACAAGUUCACACGAUUUUGCCAGUGGAAGAACGUGGAGCUCAACAUCCAUCUGACCAUGAACGACUUCAGUGUGCAUCGCAUCAUCGGGCGUGGGGGCUUCGGUGAGGUCUAUGGGUGCCGGAAGGCCGACACGGGCAAGAUGUACGCCAUGAAAUGUCUGGACAAGAAGCGCAUCAAGAUGAAGCAGGGGGAGACCCUGGCCCUCAACGAGCGCAUCAUGCUCUCCCUCGUCAGCACCGGGGACUGUCCCUUCAUUGUCUGCAUGUCCUACGCGUUCCACACGCCGGACAAGCUCAGCUUCAUCCUUGAUCUCAUGAACGGCGGGGACCUGCACUACCACCUGUCCCAGCACGGGGUCUUCUCCGAGGCUGACAUGCGCUUCUACGCGGCCGAGAUCAUCCUGGGCCUGGAGCACAUGCACAGCCGCUUUGUCGUCUACCGGGACCUGAAGCCCGCCAACAUCCUCCUGGACGAGCAUGGCCACGUGCGGAUCUCAGACCUGGGCCUGGCCUGUGACUUCUCCAAGAAGAAGCCCCAUGCCAGCGUGGGCACCCACGGGUACAUGGCCCCUGAGGUCCUGCAGAAGGGAGUGGCCUACGACAGCAGCGCCGACUGGUUCUCCCUGGGCUGCAUGCUCUUCAAGCUGCUGCGGGGGCACAGCCCCUUUCGGCAGCACAAGACCAAAGACAAGCAUGAGAUUGACCGCAUGACAUUGACAAUGGCCGUGGAGCUGCCCGACUCCUUCUCCCCCGAACUCCGCUCCCUGCUGGAGGGCCUCCUGCAGAGGGAUGUCAACCGGAGACUGGGCUGCCUGGGCCGCGGGGCCCAGGAGGUAAAGGAGAGCCCCUUCUUCCGCUCCCUGGACUGGCAGAUGGUCUUCUUGCAGAAGUACCCUCCCCCGCUGAUCCCCCCACGUGGGGAGGUGAAUGCAGCUGACGCCUUUGAUAUUGGCUCCUUUGAUGAGGAAGAUACAAAAGGGAUCAAGUUACUGGACAGCGACCAGGAGCUCUACCGCAACUUCCCCCUCACCAUCUCGGAGCGGUGGCAGCAGGAGGUGGCAGAGACCGUCUUCGAUACCAUUAACACUGAGACAGACCGGCUGGAGGCCCGCAAGAAAGCCAAAAACAAGCAGCUGGGCCAUGAGGAAGACUACGCCCUGGGCAAGGACUGCAUCAUGCACGGCUACAUGUCCAAGAUGGGCAACCCCUUCCUGACCCAGUGGCAGCGGCGGUACUUCUACCUGUUCCCCAACCGGCUGGAGUGGCGGGGCGAGGGCGAGGCCCCGCAGAGCCUCCUGACCAUGGAGGAGAUCCAGUCGGUGGAGGAGACGCACAUCAAGGAGCGCAAGUGCCUGCUGCUCAGGAUCCGCGGCGGGAAGCAGUUCGUCCUGCAGUGCGACAGCGACCCCGAGCUGGUGCAGUGGAAGAAGGAGCUGCGCGACGCCUACCGCGAGGCCCAGCAGCUGGUGCAGCGGGUGCCCAAGAUGAAGAACAAGCCCCGCUCUCCUGUGGCCGAGCUGAGCAAGGUGCCCCUGGUUCAGCGCGGCAGCGCCAACGGCCUCUGACCCCGCCGCGCCACCGCCGCCACCACCGCCUUUUAUAAACCUCUAAUUUAUUUUGUCGAAUUUUUAUUAUUUGUUUUCCCGCCAAGCGGAAAAGUUUUUAUUUUGUAAUUAUUGUGAUUUCCUGUGGCCCCAGCCUGGCCCAGCCCCCUGGGAGGGGCCCGCUUGCCUUGGCUCCUGCUGCCACCACCCUAGCCACUGUCCAGCGCCCUCCACCCUGACCCCUUGGGACCACCUGUUCCCAGUGUCUUCCUGUGGGGGAGAGCAGCAGCCCCCAGCAGCCCUCCCGCCCCUUCCCUGGGGGAUGAUGCCACACGAACUGGGCCACCUCAGGCUUGUGGGCUCUGCUCUGUGCCCAUGGGCACAGCAGGUGGCCCAGCGUCCCCCAUCCUAGGGGAGGACGCAGCAUGGGGACACUACUUGAAUUUUCCCACUGCAGCCCUCCUGCGGCAAAGGGACGGAGCCCUGCACUGUCCUGCCCUCUUGCCGUUGGCCAGAGGAAAGGGCCCAUUGUCUCCCCGGCCCCUGAGGCCUCCCACAGUGACUUGGGUUCCUGGGCGCUUGUUCAGGAAAAGCCCGUGGGUCCCUGCAACCUCCAUUGCCACCUUCCCAGAACGCUGCGGGGCUCGGCCAGGAGGAUGGCGCUGGCAGUGGGCUGCUGCCCUCCCUGCAGCCCCCUCUUCCACCCCAAGCGCCUGGGCUCAGGGACCGCAGAGAGGCAACUGUGGAUUGGGCCACACCGGCCUAGCCUGGCCCCCAGCUAUCCCCGAGCCUGGGCUGGGUGAAGCCUCAUCUGCCCAGGACCACAGGGGGCUGGCCUGGGCGGGUGGGCAGCACAGCGAGAGGGUGCCAGCUGGGGCCAGCCCGUCCUGCCCCCAGCUGGUCAGUGUGCCCCUGGCUGUCCAGCGCCAUAGCCCAUGUCCUGUCAGCAUGUCCCCUUGUGCCAGCCACGCUGCCUUGUGUGGUGUCGUGCCCUCUCUCCCUGGGGCUGGGUCGGAGCACCCUCCCCUCCCAUCUACUCACUCCCCGGGGCAUUUCUUUGCCGAUUUUUGAAUGUGAUUUUAAAGAGUGGAAAAUGAGACUAUGCGUUUUUAUAAAAAAUGGUGCCUGA